GCAAGAAACAGAAGCUCUCAAGCUUCGCCUGCUCCUUCUCAGGCUCCUGCGUUAGCUGUAGCCAUGUGCGCCCUGUACACUAACUCUCGGUGUGGGGGCCUUCCAGGGUCCAGAGAGGAGGAGGAGGAGGAUGAUUAUGAGAACACAGCACCACCCUACAGGGACCUUCCUCCCAAGCCAGUUUCGGUGGCUCCACCAAGGCCUCAAAGAGCAGGAAAGAAAAUGGAGAACCCCCCACUUCCCUGCAAGCUUCCAAUGAACACAGGACAGAACCUCACCCCUGUCUCCCGCACAGCUCCUCAACCUGGCGCUAAUCUGGAGCAUCCUCCAUUCCAGCCGCCUACAACCACGACUCCAGUGCCCUGUCUCAGUCAGAAGUCCGGAGGUUCUAGGUUCUUCCAGGAGGAGAGACUGAUGGUGUACCUGUGUCUGCUGGUGGUGGUGUCAUUGCUCAUGGGCUGCACUGGUCUGGUUGUGACCCUGAUUAAGUACCAGGAGGUGGUGGAAGAACUGAGGAUGUUAACCUUACAGCAGAUGGAAUGGCAAGCAAACGUGACUGGCAUGGCAGGGCUGGCUGGCCUGAAGAAGGACAUUGAUCACGUAAGCGCCUACACCAACCAGUCCCUGCUGGAACUUCGGGGUUUAUUAGAUAGUACCAGCGUCACCUGCUCUGAGGGCUGGCUCCCUUUUCAGGGUAAGUGUUACUACUUCUCUCCAAGCACCAAGUCAUGGGAUGAAGCCCGGAAGUUCUGCCAGGAGAAUUACUCUCACUUGGUCAUCAUCAGUAGCAUUGCUGAGCAGAUCUUUGUGUCCAAGGCUCAUGGCUCUCCGCGGGUACACUGGCUGGGGCUGAAUGACAGAAAACUUGAAGGCGACUGGAGGUGGCUGGAUGGGUCACCUAUCACUUUGAGCUUUUGGGACCCACAGGAACCCAACAACCUCCAUAAUGAGGACUGUGCCAGCAUGAAUGGAGGUGGCACCUGGAAUGACCUCUCUUGCGACAAAACUACAUAUUGGAUUUGUGAGCGGCAAUGUUCCUGUUGAACAUCAGAGCUGAGGUUGGGCGGGAGUCUGUACCUGGUGCCCCUCGGGUCUUGGACAUGAGAACCUCCUCUCCGUCUGAGAACUGACACGGAUGUGCCCAAGAUGGAGCCAAAAGCCUGGAUGGAGCAAGUUUCCUGGGGUGCAAGUCAGACCAUUUCUAGGGUGAGGACUAGGGGGCUUGCUCAGUUGGAUGGUGUCUUAGUCUGUUCAGGCUGCUGUAGCAGAAUACUGUAGACUGGGUGGCUUUAACAGAAAUUUAUUUCUCAAAGUUCUGGAAGCUGGUAAGCCCAAGAUCAAGGCUCAGGGAGAUUCAGUGCUUAGUGACAUCCUGCUUCCUGGUUCACAGAUGCCGUCUUCUUGCUGUAUCUUCACAUGCUGGAAGGGAUGAGAGCUCUGGAGGCGGGUCCCUUUUAUAAAGACACUAAUACCAUUAAUGAAGGCCCCACCCCCAUGACCUAAUCACCUCCCAAAGCCCCACCUCCUAAUACCAUCACAUUGGGGAUUGGGAUAUGAAGUGUAUUUUGGUGGGGGGAUACGCAACUCAAUCCAUAGCAGAUGGUGAGUUGAAGGGACUCCAUGUCUUAGUAAUGGUCUCCCAGUUCUGGGCUCUGGAGGAAACUCACCAAGCCCCUGAUCAUGGCUCUUAGUAAAUGAUGCUGGCCCCGGGAGCUCCACGUCUGACACUGAUUGAGCUGGAGCUGAAAAUACCCUGCCUCCUCUGGGCAUGAUGCACUGGGACUGAGAUCCCUACUGCCCACCUGAUGUGCACAGCUUCUGCGAAACAGGUGGGGCAAAAUUACUCUUGACAAGCAGCAUUCUCAGUGUCCCUUGGCCAGAUCCUCAGGAUGACAAUGGAGAUAUCUACCCACAUGUGUCUUAAGGCUGUUUGUGGUCUGUACAACUCUUUGAUGAAGUAAUUCACUCUACUUAUAAGUGGGUCUUCUUGGAUUGUUAGCUCUUGCAAUGUUAGAGCUUCUCAAAAUGCCAGUUCAUCGUGAGGUCCUCGCUGACUGUUAGUCUUCUGGGGCCACCAUAAUAAAGUGCCACAGACUGGCUUAAACAAUGGAAAUGUACUGUCUUGCAGUUUUGAAGGCUGGACGUCUGAGAAAGGGUGUUGGCAUGGUUGGUUUCUGGUGAGCCCGCUCUCCUUGGCUUGUAGAUGGCUGUCUUCUCUCUGUGUCCUCACAAGUUCUUCCUUUUGUAAGUGUCUGUGUCAUAAUCUUUCUCCUUUUAAGGAAAUCAGUCAUGUUGGAUUUGAGCCCACCCUAAGGACUUCAUUUUGAUUUAAUUACCUCUUUAAAGACCUUACCUCCAAAUACUGCAACACUUUGAGGUGCUGGGUCUAUGGACUUCAGCAUGUGAGUUUUAGAGGUGGGUGCAAUUCAGCCUGUAACAUCCACUGAAAGCCAGAGUUACCCCUCCCAGCCCCUGUGCCGAUCAAAAACAUGCCCUAGAUGGCUGGUACUACCCCCGGCUGAGCACAACUCAACACAGCAAUCCCUUUGGAUAAUCCCUGAAUUGUCUCCAGGGGUGGGUACAAACCAAUCAAUUUAGCAUUCAACAAGCUAAUAGUAGAUUCAUUCCUGUUUUGACUGAGAACAAGGCGAGGAGGCUCUGAGCAGGGGAAGCAGGGAGUUGGGUGGUAUUGGUGUUCAAUUCAAUUCCUGAUCCCCGUGUACUUGUCUCCUCCCACCUCCACACCUUCCCCCAACUCAUCGGUAUUGAAGCUAAUUCUGCAUACAGCAUAGACUACAGAGUGGGUGGAGAUCCUGUUCUAAGCCCUCCACCCAGGGGACCUUUGGCCCAAGCAACUGUUUAUCUGGGGCCAGGGGAAGUUCCCCCAUCUCAGAAGAGGAAACUCCCAUUGUGUGUGUUGAGAAAUGGAGAAGCAGAAGGGCUGUGGUCACAUCUCUGAGACAGGCUGAGGGGCAGUGGUCCACAGUAGAGCCAGUCCAAACCUAUCUGUCUUCUACAUCUCUCAUGACUGUCUAAUUUCAGGUAGAG